CUUGGUAUUAUCAUGGCUGCCCCUGGCUCAACAAAGCCGCAAAAGCAUUACACUCCACAGUGGGUCUCUCUGGUUGCCGGCGGAGUGGCUGGAGGGGUGGAAGCUGCGUGCACGUACCCCUUCGAAUACGCAAAGACCCGCGUGCAACUCUUGAGGAGCAGCAAAUCGACCCCCUCCAACCCAUUUCAACUCAUAUAUACCGUUGCGCAACGGGAAGGCAUCGGUGCUUUAUAUACCGGAUGUUCUACGCUGAUCAUUGGCACGACGGCCAAGGCCGCUGUGCGAUUUGUUUCAUACGACACCUUUAAGAACUCCCUUUCCGAUGAGCGUGGAUCGCUCUCCCCAGCACGGGGCAUUCUGGCCGGCGUUGUCGCAGGGGCCACAGAAAGUGUUCUGGCCGUAACGCCUACGGAAAGAAUCAAGACAGCACUGAUCGACGAUGCGAAAAACGCCAGGCAGUUCCGAUCGAGUCUCCACGCCACGCAAGUCUUAGUUCGAACCCACGGUUUGGGCGAGCUCUACCGGGGACUUGUGUCCACCACGCUAAAACAGUCAGCAACAUCGGCCGUGAGAAUGGGCACGUACAACAUCCUCAAAGAAAUUGUCAAGGCACACGACAUUCCGCCAACUGUUCUCACUACCUUUUGCAUGGGAGCCGUGGCGGGAGUCGUCACUGUGUACGCGACGCAGCCUUUUGACACGAUCAAGACGCGGGCGCAAGGGGUCCAGGGGGCAGGGCUUGUUGAAGCCGUCCGGAACAUACGGAGUGACUAUGGAAUUCGGGGUUUCUGGAAGGGCAGUUCAAUGCGGCUGGGCAGGCUGCUUCUGAGUGGCGGGAUUGUCUUUUCGGUGUAUGAGAAAAUGACGUUUCUGCUGCAUCCGAGUGUGCGGGUCGAAUGA